GACUGGUGUUCAGACCUUUGCUCACCAAUCACUACGCUCUGUUUAGCCGCUUUUUCAAAUUAGAUCAUUGAUUAAAAUAAGUUGAUAUGUUUAUAUGGAUGGCGUAUUACUUAUGUACAAUCAGGAAGCAACUUAACACUCACUGCGAACUUUCAGCGGUCGAAUUUGAACCCGCUUGUAAAUGUUAGCGAGGGCGUUUGACAGCUAGCUAGCUGACGACAUAGCUAACGGUACUCGUGACUUUUGAGUUUUGUCCCAGCAGUCACUGUAGUCUCGCUUUUGGUCACUCGAUUGCGCUUGGACAUCGCUUGGAACAUUUCAGCUUCAUCAUUCGACAUUCAACAUAUGUUUUUGUCUUCUUUGGUUGAUUAAAGCUAAGCGCUAGUGAGCACUAUGGGAGCCGAACAAAGCGGAGACUCGGAGCACAAACACUCUGAGUACAGCUCGUCAGUGGUGCCCUCCCCAGCGAAGCAGAAAGCAAAGAUGGAUGACAUUGUGGUGGUGGCCCAGGGGACGCAGUCAAUGCGCAACAUCCACAACGACCCAGAUGUGAUCAAGCUUCAGGAGAUCCCCACCUUUCAGCCGCUUCUGAAAGGAGUGCUGAGCGGCCAGACGUCUCCCAGCAGUGUGUGUCUGGAGAGGCUGGACUCGGCUCAGGUUCUGCUGCUCUGCAUUCGCUAUCAGGACCACCUACACCAGUGUGCCGAGGCCGUGGCCUUCGACCAGAACGCGCUGGUCAAGAGGAUCAAAGAGAUGGACUUAUCAGUGGAGACCCUUUUCAGCAUCAUGCAGGAGCGCCAGAAGCGCUACGCCAAGUACGCGGAGCAGAUCCAGAAGGUCAACGAGAUGUCCAUGAUCCUGCGUCGCAUCCAGAUGGGCAUCGACCAGACGGUACCGCUGAUGGAGCGCCUCAAUAACCUGCUGCCUGAGAGCGAGCGGCUGGAGCCCUUCAGUAUGAGGUCGGACGGAGAUUCUGCCACCAAGUAGCCUCUGUACCACAAAUACAGCUCCUAACUACACACGCCUCCAUGUGCAUCCCGUCCUCUCCCCAGAGGGAAGUGCAGGUCCGUCCAGCUGUGGAGAUUUCAACCCUACAAUCCCAAAGCUUCACUAGUGGAAGCUUUUUUUUUUUUGUCACAGUAAAGGUGAAGCUUGGCUGUCAAAAAAAAAAAAAAGUGUUGCUCUAAACAGCCCUCCACCCUUCAAGCAGUUCUUUCUGAGUAUUUAUUCACUGAGGGAAUCGUUUUUGAGCUCACAUGUUCUUUUUCAGCGCAGCCCUACUUCACAUCUCUGCAUGUACUCACAGUCAAACCUCCAAGCUUGCCAGUACAACCACGAGUCUCUGUUGUUGCUGCCUCACCAAAGCAGUCGGUGGUUUUUCACAUACCUUGCUCAAGGGCACACUAACAGUAGUUGCUGAGGGCAGGAAGAACAUUAUGUAUCCACUGCCUGCCUAGAUCCCAGCUGGCUCAAGGAAUCAAACCAGCUUUCAUCACGGUGUAGGCCAGGUUGUUUUUUUUUUUUUGUUUUUUUUUUUUAAGACAGUGGAGAAACAUACGCACACUUGGCUGUCAGAGCUGAAAUGAGGAACAAACACCUUAAAAACUGCUGCAGGUGUACUGCAGGUGUAGGAGACUCAGAUGUGCGUAAGCAACAUGGAAGAAUCAUCGCAAUCUCUCUUUGAUCUGGUGCUCUAAAAUUUUACCCUGAUCUCAAAGGUGUUUGAGAACUUGUAAGUGGGAUAAAUUUUGUUCCAAAUGCUAAUAUUCCGAGGCACUCAGCCCCUUCCAUAUGCCGUGGCUUGCAUAUCUUUUGAAGACCCCUUCCAUGAAAGGCUUACAUGCAGAUUAACCACUUUUAAUUAUGUUGUUGUAUCCUAUUGGGAGCAGCAUAAGCUGCUACGCCAUCAUGCACUGGAGCAGACGAAAAGGCGAUCACACGAGGAGCAGGGAAGUACACUUGGGAUAAAAAUGAGAGACUUGUUUUACCACAAGACUGUAAGGACAGAAAAUUGUCAGAAAUAUUCUCUUCGCGGUACCUUGUGAAAUACAUGAUGCUGUGGAGAAUGGUUUGCUUUAAUUUAUUUGUGUAAUUCUGCUCAGUGGGUUUUGUCAAGCCUGCAUAUGUAAAUCUUGUGUGUGUAGCUAUGAAGGAGGGGAUGUGAAACAGGACUGAUCAUGGUCUCCCACUUAAAAAGCAGGUGACUAAUUUGUUGCUUACUUGGAAAGUUUUGCUCUGUAGACUUAAUUUUCUCAGUAUCGGGACAGUACAAUUAAAAAAACAAAACAAAAACUGACUAAAAUGACACAGCAGCAGUGGGACAGAGUGUGCAAGUCCAGCAGGUGGAGCCAGAGAUUGCCCAACACAGUCUCUGGCUCACUGACACAUAAUUAUGAAGUUCUGCUAUCACUUGAAUGCAGAGCUGCUUCUAAUGAAUGGAUCAGGUAGGGGCUUCAGUGUUGAGAGCCCUGUGGCAGGAUGGGUGGCUGUAGCUGGACACACACUGGAUAUUGCAGGAGUCCUAGAUACCACAAAUAUACAGGGCAGCCUCACAAACCACUCGGCCACCAUCCUGCCAUUCCCUUUACUCUUGCCAUAGCUUCAGAAAGUCUCAGUGUUUCGUGUCCACCUAAACUGAACCAUUAAUUUACUGUUAACAUCAUCUGUCACCUAGCAAGGUUAGGGAAAUGAAUGUAAACACUGUCUCAUUGUAACCUUUCAUGAAGCUCAUACAGAUUUUACCAUCAUUUGCAUGUAUUGUGCAGAGAUGAUUUUGCAAAAAGAGUGUUAUUUCUUAUUUUGUAUUUUUCUUGCUUGUCUUUUACAUGGUUUAGCUCCCGUGCAGGCACCUGGAUUGCAUGUCAGAGAAAAGGGACAGGGUGUGCUAGUCGAUAUUGCAUUCAUAUAUUCACCUGGAAAAAAAAAAAAAAAAAAAAGCAGUUCUGAGUCAGACAUUUAAGGAUUCUGCUUAGAAAGGAUGCAGUGCUAAUAGCAAGUGGCUUUUCAUUGCAGGCGGCUGUGCAGAAGAUGGUGGUGUUUCCAGCAAGGCCGGGCAGUCUGAUUAGAAUGAUUUUGAACAUUUUUGGCUUUUUCAUUGGUGUAUAAACAGUCUGAACUCUUUCAGUUACACCUACAAAAGGGUCUCCUUUUGCUUGGCUUGCUUUGAGGUACAGAAUUAGUCCAGUUCAUUGACAUAAAGGACAUAAGGCAGAAACAAGUUUUCUUUUGAAUUUAAAGCAGAAGCUCCUUUGAUAUGUUAUCGCCUUUCAUGUGUAAAUUAAAAAGGGUGAAAAAUGUCUUAAAUUGCCUCUGGGGUAUUGUUUGAACACUGGAACUGAAAUGGAAAUGGUGGAGAGAAGGUGUUAAAGUUCCUCUGAGUCUUUCGAAAAAAGAAUAGCUCCUGACGCUCAAAGCUGGAUAUUAACGCCACAAGAUGAUACAAUACGAUUUACCACCAGGAAAUUCAUUCUCUGAAAUGAAAGAGAAAUCCAAUUUCCCCUGUAUACUUCUCAUUUGAAUAUAAAUCAAAAGCUGGUUUGCUCCCUAUUCCCUUCCUGUUUUGCCCACUCAAAAUUGGAGCUGUACUAAUGAAAAGAAGUCUGGGAGUCUCAUCUCUGUCAUCUUGUAAAGAUGAACUAACACUGGGCAUUUUGCAUUCCUGUGUUAGAGUGUAAUUUUCGGUUCCAAGACAAAUUGUUGAAAUGUAACUUGAAUGUAAUGUAAUUACUAUUAUUAGAUAUUAGAAAUCUAACAAUGAAGUUCAACAACCUAUUAAAA